AUGGAUGCCUCCGCGAGCCAGAGGUUCGCCCUCAUCAGCGAGAACCUCGCCGAGGUCAUGAACCCCGAGAUUCUCGAAAAGAUCCUCGCAGAGGGCCGCCACCCAAAGAUCUACUGGGGAACCGCAACGACAGGUCGCCCGCACUGCGGCUACUUCGUGCCGGCCGUCAAGAUCGCUCAAUUGCUCGCCGCGGGCUGCGAGGUCGUCAUCCUGCUCGCCGAUAUCCACGGAUUCCUCGACAACCUCAAGGCGCCCAUCGAGCUGGUCGACAACCGCGCCAAGUACUAUGGCCUCGUCAUCAAGGCUAUCCUCGAGGCCGUCGGCGUCCCCACCGAGAAGCUCAAGUUCGUCCUCGGCAGCUCCUACCAGAAGAACCCAGAAUACAUCAUGGACGUCUACCGCAUGGCGUCUCUGGUCUCCGAGCACGACGCCAAGAAGGCUGGUGCCGAGGUCGUCAAGCAGACCAGCAAUGCGCCUUUGAGUGGCCUCCUCUACCCUAUCCUCCAAGUACUAGACGAGCAACACCUGGACGUCGACGCACAGUUUGGUGGUAUGGACCAGAGGAAACUUUUCGUGGCUGGCAAGGAGUGGCUGCCCAAGCUGGGCUACAGACAGCGAGCCCACCUUCUCAACCCUAUGGUUCCUGGCCUCAACGGUGGCAAGAUGAGUUCUAGUGAAGAAGACAGCAAGAUCGACCUCCUCGAUACGCCCGAAGUCAUCACAAAGAAGCUCAAGAAGGCAGAGUGUGCCCCCAAGGUUGUUGAGGGCAACGGUGUCCUGGCCUUUGUGGAGUAUGUGCUCCUUCCGGCCGCUACGCUGAAGGGCACUGCCGAGUUCAAGGUUGAGCGAACACGGGACAACCUCCCAACGCUGGUCUACAACAACAUCAAGCAGAUGCACGAUGAUUACCAGAAUGACGUUCUUACACCUCAACUCCUCAAACCUGCCGUCACCGCUGCGCUCAUUGAGCUCAUGGCACCGAUUCAAACAGCUUUCCAGGCCUCUAAAGAGUGGCAGGAGAUCACUCUCAAGGCCUACCCUCCACCGGAGAAGAAGCAGAAGAAGGUGAAGGAUAAGGGUAGCCGCCAUCCUGGUGCGGCCGGCAAGCCCGCCGCCAACGCAGAGCAGAAGUCUGCCGAUCUUCCUGAGCGGCCAAAGACCGUUGAGAACGCAAGCUAA